UUCGUCCCGCAGACAUGAGGCGGAAGGAGAAGCGGCUGCUGCAGUUCGCCGGGCUGCUGGUGGCGGCUCUGCUCUUCRUCCCGAACGUGGGGCUGUGGUCUCUGUACCGGGACCGGGUGUUGGACAACUCCCCGGAGACAGUGGACGGUCCGGGCGGAUUCCCCCCCGUGCAGGAGUUGAACCAGAGGAGGAAGGUGGCUCAGGUCGGACUCGAUGGCGUGCGGCGGACAGACUGGCACAACUACGAAGGGAUCAGGAGAGACGCCGCCCGCGUCGGUAACGGUGAACAGGGCAAACCGUUCCCUCUGUCAGAAACCGACCAGGUCGACCAGGCGUACAGAGAAAACGGCUUCAACAUCUAUGUCAGUGAUCGGAUCUCCCUCAACCGCUCGCUCCCAGACAUCCGCCACGCAAUCUGCAAACAGAAGCUGUAUUCAGAGAAGCUGCCCAACACCAGCAUCAUCAUCCCGUUCCAUAACGAGGGCUGGUCGUCGCUGCUGAGGACUGUUCACAGCGUCCUCAACCGCUCUCCUCCACAGCUCAUCGCCGAGGUCAUCCUGGUCGACGACUUCAGCGAUAAAGAGCACCUGAAGGCUCCGCUGGAGGAGUACAUGACCCGGGUGCCGAAGGUUCACAUCCUGCGGACAAAGAAGAGGGAGGGGCUGAUCAGGACUCGCCUGUUGGGGGCCGCCGCUGCUAAAGGAGAAGUUAUCACCUUCCUGGACUCUCACUGCGAAGCUAAUGUCAACUGGCUGCCGCCGCUGCUGGACCGAAUCGUCCAGAACAGGAAGACCAUCGUGUGUCCAAUGAUCGACGUGAUCGACCACGACAACUUCGGCUACGACACGCAGGCGGGCGACGCCAUGCGAGGAGCGUUCGACUGGGAAAUGUACUACAAACGAAUCCCCAUCCCCCCAGAGCUGCAGAGGGACGACCCCAGUGAACCUUUUGAGUCUCCAGUGAUGGCGGGUGGACUGUUCUCUGUGGACAGGAAGUGGUUCUGGGAGCUCGGAGGAUACGAUACGGGUCUGGAGAUCUGGGGAGGAGAACAGUAUGAGAUCUCCUUCAAGGUGUGGAUGUGUGGUGGUCGGAUGGAGGACAUCCCCUGCUCCAGGGUGGGACACAUCUAUAGGAAGUACGUCCCCUACAAGGUCCCUGGUGGGAUCAGCCUGGCAAAGAACCUGAAACGAGUGGCCGAGGUGUGGAUGGACGAAUACGCAGAAUACGUCUAUCAACGCCGGCCCGAGUACCGCCACCUGUCCGCAGGAGACAUGACGGCGCAGAAGGAUCUGAGGAACCGGCUCAACUGCAAGAACUUCAAGUGGUUCAUGAGCGAGGUGGCGUGGGACCUGCCCAAACACUACCCACCGGUGGAGCCCCCUGCUGCUGCGUGGGGGGAGAUACGAAACGUGGGGAGCGAUAUGUGUAUGGAAAUCAAACACUUUGUGUCGGGGAGCCCCAUCCGCCUGGAGAGCUGCGUGAAAAGUCGUGGAGAGGUGGGCUGGAGUCACGGACAGGUGUUAACAUUUGGUUGGAGGGAGGAUAUUCGAGUGGGCGACCCCAUGCACACCAGGAAGGUUUGCUUUGACGCAGUCUCCCACAACAGCCCUGUCACCCUGUACGACUGUCACGGCAUGAAGGGCAACCAGCUGUGGCGCUACAGGAAGGAUAAAAGUCUGUAUCAUCCCGUCAGUAACAGCUGCAUCGACAGCAGCCCGAGCGAGCGGCGAGUCUUCAUGAACUCGUGCGACCCGUCCUCGCAGAGCCAGCAGUGGCUGUUCGAGAGAACCAACGCCACCGUGCUGGAGCAUUUCAACCGGGACACGAACUGAGGGCACUGAGCAGUGAGAUGAAGCAUCUUCUACAGAAAAAGAACCUUGGAGCAAUGAGCUGCUUUGACCACACGAGAACAGAAGCUACGAAAUGAAAAGAUGCUGCUUUAGAAACAUUCCCUGUGGUGGAGCAGUGAUCCAGUGCACCGGCUCGGAGCUCAGAGAGCCGCUCGGACCACACACAUCCAGAAUCCAAUAAUACAGCGUGAGCUUGCUGUGGGGAUGGAGGACGGGAGAGAAGCUCAGUGAAUCCCGACCGUCCUGUGGAAACACUGUGGAAUUUACAAACCUUUGCAAAGACGCUCCUUUCUUUCAUUGCUGGUUUGAAUCUGCCAGACACAGACUCUUCUGGAUUAAAUGGAUGAUAUCGUCUUUUGCCUUUUUUCUAUUUUUGCCUUAAAAAUUCAACCGUGGGAUUUUCCUGCACCUUGUUUUCACUCGUGGCUUCAGGAGACUUUUGGAAAGACGUUACUCUGUGGAAACUGAGGAAGGAAUUCAUCUUUCUGUGCAGCCUGACUUUUUUUCAGAGGAACAAUCUUGUACAGACUCAUUUUGAAAUUGAAAAUAUUUUUCUACUGUCUAAUAAAGCAACAAAAUGACAU